AUGCCUUCUUUUGAACCAUUGAAAAACGACUUGAUUUUGAGAGCCGCCAAGGGCGAGAAGGUCGAAAGACCUCCCAUCUGGAUCAUGAGACAAGCAGGUCGUUAUCUUCCUGAAUACCACGAGGUCAAAGGCGGCAGAGAUUUUUUCGAAACGUGUAGAGAUGCCGAGAUUGCCUCCGAAAUCACCAUUCAGCCCGUCGACCACUUUGACGGUCUCAUUGACGCUGCCAUUAUCUUUUCAGAUAUCUUGGUGAUCCCACAGGCCAUGGGCUUUGAGAUCAACAUGAUCGAAGGCAAGGGUCCUGUUUUCGCUGACCCUUUGAGAUCCCGUGAGGACAUCAACAGAAUCAACUUGAAGCCCGAUGUGUUGAAAUCCUUGGACUGGGCCUACAAGGCUAUCACACUCACCAGAACAAAGUUGAAGGGCAGAGUGCCCCUUUUGGGUUUCUGUGGUGCUCCAUGGACCCUUUUGGUGUACAUGACCGAAGGCCAGGGCUCUAAGAUGUUCCGUUUUGCCAAGCAGUGGAUCUACGAGUACACCAAGGAAUCACACACCUUGCUCCAGGCCACCACCGACGCUUGUAUUGAGUUUUUGGCCCAGCAGGUCGUGGCUGGUGCCCAGAUGUUGCAGGUGUUUGAGUCCUGGGCUGGUGAGCUUGGACCCCACGAGUUUGACGAAUUCUGUUUGCCAUACUUGCGCCAGAUUGCUGCCAAGUUGCCAGGCAGAUUAGCAGAGCUUGGUGUUAAGGAGAAAAUCCCACUUACUGUUUUCGCCAAGGGCGCCUGGUACGCCUUGGACGAGUUGUGUGAGUCUGGUUACGACACUGUUUCGUUGGACUGGCUCUACAAGCCCGAGGAUGCUGUGAAGGUGGUGAACGGCAGAAGAAUCACCUUGCAGGGAAACCUCGACCCCGGCAUUAUCUACGGAUCCGACGAGGUCAUUUCGAAAAAAGUGGAGCAAAUGAUCAAAGGCUUCGGCGGUGGCAAACAGAACUACAUUGUCAACUUUGGUCACGGCACUCACCCCUUCAUGAAGCCAGAGAAAAUCGAGCAUUUCCUCAAGGAGUGCCACCGUUUCGGGUCUUACUACUACUUCUUCACAGCAAGGAUGACUUCUGUGGCAAAAGACGACUUGUAUAUAUUUUCCUUGGACGAAGCUGUCAAAAACAGUCUAAGUCUUCUUCAUUUUGACGAAUCUGCUGCUGUUGUGGCUGUCAAUGAAGCUCCAGUUGAAACAAAGAGUCCUAUCGAAAACCAGAUAGUCGAUCCCAAAACCGAGCCCGAAAAGUCCAAAGACUACUAUAAAUCAGAUCUCCAUCGUCUUAACCUAAAGAGACAGGUCAAUUCGCUUCCACCGCUCACAGAGGAUGAAUUUGAUAAACUUAUAGAGACCCAAUCGGUGGAGAGCAUAUCUGGAUCAGAGGAGAGUGAAACAGAGGACGAAGAGGACAACAAGCUUAAUACGAUUUUUGAGCAGCUAUCCACGAAGAACGAGGACGAAGAGCAGAGCGUGAGUCACAUGAAUACGAAUUCGCCAUACAUUCUAUUUCAGUCCUCCUUGGUAGACCAAGGUAAGGCUUUUGGAUUGUACAAGGCACUCUUUUCGAAGGCGUCGCUAGAUACCGGAAACGUGUUGGAGGAGGUGAGUCAGAUUUCGUCGGAGCCCAAGCGGCUGGGCACUUCUGUGCUUCUCAUGAUUGGAGGAGGCCAUUUUGCAGGUGCCGUUGUUUCCCAUACCCCCAAGAACAUCAAGGGUCUAGCGCCCAACCACAAGAUCCCGAAGCAGGAGCAGCAGGUGAAUGUGCUUCAGUCGAAGACGUUCCACAGGUACACCACGAGAAGAAAACAGGGUGGUUCUCAGAGCGCUUCGGAUAAUUCCAGAGGAAAAGCCAAUUCGGCAGGUUCUUCUAUUAGAAGGUACAACGAGCAGGCGCUUCAACAAGAAGUCAGGGAGCUUCUUAAUCUGUGGAAGUCGUAUUUGCAAAAUGCCGACUUUGUAUUUAUAAGAGCCAAUGCGGUGGCUAACAGACGUGCUUUGGUGGGCUACGAGGGCGCCCCAUUGGCGGCUGACGAUAAACGAAUCAGAAAUUUCCCAUUCACCACCAAGAGAGCCACUCUUUCUGAAUUGAAACGGGCCUGGGUCCAGCUCGCUCACAUGCAAGUGGUGGAUCUUCCGAAAGCCAAGAAGGUUACAGAGAAGAAGACUGAUAUCUCCAAGGUGCAGAAGACACCGUCUCCAGCACCAGAGCUUUCUGAAUCUGACAAGCACACAAAGGAAAUUAUCAACUUGCUCAAAAAGCUGAAGGCACCGAUGUUGAUCAACUACUUGAAGAAGAACGGGUUGGAUGCUAAUUACCAAUUCACACCCGGUAACCAGCAUGCACAUGCUCCCACACCACUUCAUUAUGCUGCAUCACAGGGUCUCCACCACAUGAUCCAGGUGUUGUUGGUGAACCUAAAAGCAGACCCCACCAUUCUCAAUGCCAUAGGAAAGACUGCUGCUCAGAUGAGUUCCACAUCUACGGCAAAGAAGACUUUCCAAAUUGCAAGAAACACACUUGGGGAGGAGUUUACGGAUUGGAAUGCUGCUAAAGUGGGACCUCCAAGAACCAGGGAGGAAGUGGCGAAGGAGGAAGAGCAGCAAAAGAAACAGCAGGAGGCAGAGAACCGUCGUUUAAUAGAGGAGGAGUUGGCGAAAAAGACUGAAAUGGAGCAGAAGAAACCUACAUUUUCCUCUGGUGGCACUCUUGGUGGCAAGGUUCAGAACCGUCCUUCUGAAACCAGUGAGUUGACGGAGCAGCAAAAGACACGCCUCAUGAGGGAACAACGGGCCAGAGCCGCGGAGGCAAGAAUGAAGAUGCUUCUGUAA